UGUCAGCGGCGCCGGAGCGGGCGGAAGAUGUUUUUUAUUCUGACAACUUUAAUCACUUCAGGAAGCUGCGUGUUAACGUUUAAACCCCUUUAACCGCUUAAUUUAGUGCUUUUAUUCAGAACGCCAUUUUCAGAUAACUCCAGCGGCUUUUUCAUGAGGGGUUAACUGACAUUUAAACAUGGCUGUGACGGAGUUUGCUGUGUUAGCUUAGCUGGUCACCUCCAUUUAGAAUCACUGCUCGUUAUCUCGUGUUUUCUCUUAGCUAACUGCUAACAGGAGCGACUGACAACAGCAGCACCGAGAGAAAAGGUAACAUAUCACCCAGAGAAAGUAGACACCUAACGGGAACGAACUACUGGAGAGUGAGUCAGCAGCAUGAACUGCCCCCCCACCAAGCGCCUCCGAGGCCUGAACCAGGAUGUGGUGAUGGCGGUGGCCUUUGACGAUGACCCGUUUGGAGAUGACAAGGAUUUCACACAGGACGACUUGGAUGAGAUUGACAUCAUCGCCUCGCAGGCCGCAACUUCGGACCCUACACUGGGGCAUGGCUCUAAACCGGGAAGCAAACCAAUGGAGCUGGCCCGCGGGUCCACCCGGCUGUCGUCUGCCGGGCAUAGCAAAUCUGUGAGCAGGACCACCACCAAUCAGAGCAGAGAGAACAUGUUUGGGUUCGGCAGCAGCAGCAACAGCAGAGGGAAUGCUGGGAUACCAAGCAGCGAGGCUCUCAGUAACAGGCAGCAGCAGUUUGGGUCUGGCAGAGAAGACUCCUACAGUCUGCUGGAGGCUCAGCAUGCAGAGCUAAAGAGGAAGCUGAAGGAGGUGGAGGAGGAGAUUGUGCUGAAGAGCGGGGAGAUCCGGGUCCUGAGGGACUCUCUGAAGGGAGCUCAGCAGGAAAAGGAGGCCCAGAGGCAGAACCAGAUCCUGCUGGAGACCCAGAGACAGAAAGAGCACAGCGACAGGGAGAAGGAGCUCAACAAGAAGGUUCAGUCUUUGCAGUCAGAGCUGCAGUUUAAAGAAGCUGAGAUAAAUGAGAUUAAGACCAAACUGCACAGUUCAGACAAGAACAAGACGGCCUCUCCACUGAUGAGAAACAGUCCUAAAGUGCUGAGCUCUGUGAACAGCAGCAGCUCCUCCUCUCCGACAGCAAACGGUUUCAUCACCAAGGAGACAUUUGGAGCCCCUUUUCUGUCCAGGUCGACGCCGGUCAAGACACGGAAAGAGGCAGACAGAGGGUCGUCGAGCAGUAGAUCUGGGGACAGACAUGAAACGUCUCGCCCAGAUCCCUUCCUGUCCGUCAGACCUGCACACCUGCAGCACCGAGGUGGCAUCCUGCUGGGCUUAUUGCUGCAGCAGCCUCUGUCUCCCAGCAGCCUCGGCCUGUCUCACCUGCUGUCCAUGAGUCUGACUGACAUCCACUUGACAAACAGCACGUCUGCAGGUUUUCUGCUGCACUCUGAUCCUGCAGCCGGUGUCAGUGGAGGUGGAGGCGGACCUCCUAGAGCUGCUCUGAGUCCGGUCCAGAGUCUGGCUGUAACUGGACUCAACAUGCUGAGUCAGAACCGACCAGCAGCUGCGACCAGCGACGGAAACAAAAGGUCGUGUCCCGGCGCUGUCCUCCUCCUCCCUCUGUUGGAUCUUCACCUGACUCAGCUCUGUAAGGUUCUGGACUCGCUCCGCUCCACCUCCGCUGUGGGUAGUGGUUCAAACUCUACUGCUGCCUGCUCGCCCCCAGCCAGGAGGCUGGAGGAGGCAUGUUUGACUGGUUUCAGCGUGGAGGACACUGGUUUGGCUGCUCUGAGGCUCCUCUACCUGCUGCUGGCCAACAGCGACGAGGUGGUGGAGGCUGUUUUGUCAAAGGAGAGUCAGAGCGGAGUUACAGACAAAAAGACUGAACACUCUGCUGCAGCUGGAGCUCUGUGCUCCCAGAAUGCCUUGCUGCAGUCAGUGCUACGGCUGUGUGAAGCGGGGCUUAGCGGUGGCGGCUCGCAGAAUGACGAGCUUGUCCUAAAUGCCAUGAAGACUCUGUGUGUCCUCAUUGAGAGGUCGCCGCACACACAUGCUGACAGGUUGCAGUGUGUGCUGCAGGUGGUGUGUGUGUGUUUGUCAGCAGACUGCAGGUUGCAAACAGUUUCAGGGAGUGUGUCUGUCCUCACGUCUAUGUCCGACCACCAGACUCUGUCUCAGCAGCUCUGCUCUCAGCAUGACCCGUGUAUUUUCCUGAAGUUGUUCCAGUUCAUCAGAACCAGACCAGACAACCAGGCAACACACACAGACUGGAUACUGCUAGACCUGCAGGUGGUUCGAUUGCUGAGCAGACUGAUGACUCAGAGAGCAGAGAGCUGGACCAGCAGCCCACACAGCACCUGUCAGUGUUACACUGAGUUGGUUCAGAUGGUAGUGAUUGUUUUCCAUCGUCAGUGGUUGGAUCUUCGUGGUUCUCAGGAUGUGACGGACUCAACAGGCCUGGCCUCGCCCUCACAGAAAUGCCCCACCUCCUCCGUGCCGUGGUGGCGCGGCGCGACAUCGUCUCUGCUCAGAGAGUGUCUGCUGCUGCUGCACUGGCUGCUGCUGCAUCACGGCAGCUACUCCGAGAGCUGCAGGCCGCUGCUGCACAUGUAUGACCAGGUGAUCCCUGCUGUAAGGGACACGCUGAGGAAGAUCCCCGAGCUGAGCGAGAGCGAGGAGCUGGCGUUGGAGGAGAUCUGCCGCUCGGAGGGCGAUGACACUGAUGACAUGGACACUGAUGCUGGCUCCUGAUUGGCUGCUUCCAAAGCAGACAUGAGGGCUAGUUAACUGACUGUUGUUUGGAUGAUAAGGACUGAAAUGAGGACAGAACAGGUCUGUGCUGAAGUUGAUGUUGGAGAGAAAUGAAGGACAGAAGGACUUCUGACUGAAGGAGAGUUACAGGGUUUAUUCUACUGUCUUGAGAUUUCACAAUAAAACACAAAGGUGAGACAAAAUGAUGGUAGAGUUCAUGUCCUGCACGUCAUUUCCUGUCGUUCUGUCUUUACUCUUCUAUAACAGUUGGGUUUGGCUGUUACUGGUACUAUUGGUCAUACUUUUAUUAAUUGUAUUAAUAUAUUUUUUUACACGAAAUACUUGACAUGGUCCAAGAAUUAUCAAUAUGCCAACCAGUGUUUAUAAUAUUUUGUUUAAUUUCUUUAUCUAAUUAAAUUACAUUUCCCAAUGCCAGUUUUUUAACUGCCUUACAUACAUUUCGACCUUACUUUUAAAUCACCUACUUCUACAUUGUUAACAUAUAUGAAGCAUUUAGUCUUUGCUGGGUAUUGUUAGGAUUGUCUCAAUGUCUACUACUACUCUUACUGAUGCUCAGUUUAGUUUGAUAACUGUGAAACAAAAAUAAAAAAUUAAGAGCAGAAUGAACAUACAGAUG